AAUGAGUCUGACCGUCGCAGUUGAUGCUCGCAAGCAGGUGAACGUCAGACGCUGAUGGUGGUCGCGAAUCUGCAGAGCGCCAGCAAGAGGCAGGCUGUGUCCCCGCUCUCGUCUUUGCCAUUGGAGCAAUCUGUAAGGCAGCCAAUAUCUCUCAGCUUUGGAUGUCCGCAGGUCUUCCGGAGGCCAUCAUCCUUGAGUACACAGAAGCCCCACACCUGUGAGAAAGGCAGGACAAACCCUAAAUUUGCGCUUCAGAAGGUUGCCGGCCGCCGGAGCUUGAAAAUCUUCUCAUCAAUCGACACUGGUGUGCUUUCUCCAUCAGAAGAAGCCGCCAUGGCCGUGAAUGUAGUGUCGCCGAGCUCAGCGGGCGACAUCAUCAAGUCGGCUGAGGAUAAGAAACUCUAUAGAAGGCUAGUUCUGGACAACGGGCUGACAGUUGUCUUGAUUCACGAUCCGGAGAUGGCUGAGAAGCUUGCAGACCCUGCGGCAGAUCGCAACGGAGAGUCUGUCGAAGAAUCGGAGGAGGCUGACUCAGACGAAGAUGAAGAUGACAACGAGUGGGAAAGUGACGAGGAUGAAAUGGACGAUGAUGAGUCUGGAUCGGACGAGGAGGCCGGCGAGGGGGAUAAGAAGAAGGAGGGGCACGGCGGAGCGUCAAAAAAGGCUGCGGCAGCCAUGUGCGUUGGCGUGGGGAGCUUCUCAGACCCCAUGGAGGCGCAGGGUCUCGCUCACUUUCUAGAGCACAUGCUAUUCAUGGGCAGCCAGAAGUUCCCUGACGAGAACGAGUACGACUCAUAUUUGUCCAAGCACGGGGGAGGCUCGAACGCAUUCACAGAGGCUGAGUACACCUGCUUCCACUUCGAUGUGAAUAGGCGCUUCCUGCAGGGUGCGCUCGACAGGUUCGCCCAGUUUUUCAUCAACCCGCUGGCCAAGGUGGAGGCAAUGGACCGGGAAGUGCAGUCGGUUGACUCAGAGUUCAACCAGGUGCUACAGGACGACAACGCGCGCCUCCAGCAGCUGCACUGCUCCACCGCUGACGUCAGCCACCCGUUCCACAAGUUCAUGUGGGGCAACAAGAAGAGCCUCAGCGGGGGGGAGGGCACGGGGGGGCCCGACAUGCGCUCGCUGCUCAUGAAGCUGUACCUGGAGCACUACCGGGCGGAUCGGAUGCACUUGGCGGUGCUCGGGGGGGACUCGCUCGACACACUGGAGGAAUGGGUGACAAAGCUCUUCAGCCCCAUCCGCGGGCAGGGGGGUCCCCGCCCCAGCUUUUUGCCGCCCCCUGGCGCACCCCCGGCGUACCAACCGGGGCUCCUGUACAAAGUCGAAUCGGUGCGAGACCAGAACCUGCUUUCGCUGACGUGGCAGCUUCCCUGCUUGGACGCGCACUACCAGGCCAAGCCGGCAGACUACGUCUCGCACCUGAUAGGGCAUGAGGGCGCUGGGAGCUUGCUCUCGUUGCUGAAGGCCAAGGGGUGGGCCACCGGUUUGUCGGCAGGAGUGGGGGAUGGGGGCCUCGAUCGGAGCACUGCCUGCUACAUGUUUGAAGCGCACAUCUGGCUGUCGGUGCUCGGGUUGGAAAAGGUGUAUGACGUCAUCGGGCUAUUGUACCAGUACGUUGCGAUGCUGCGGCGGGAGGGCCCCCAGGAGUGGGUGUUCCGGGAGCUGCAGGCGAUUGCGGAGAUGGACUUCCGGUUUGCGGAGGAACGAGAGGCGGAGGACUGUGUUGUAUCCGUUGCACACAACAUGAGCUUGUACCAACCGGAGCACACCCUCUACGGCGACUACAUCUACCGCGACUGGGAUCCUCGCCUGGUGACGGACGUUUUGGACCGUCUGACGCCGUCCAACAUGCGCGUCGACAUCGUCACCCAGCACUUUGAUGCCAGCGCGCCAGGCGUCUUGAAGGAGCCAUGGUUCGAGGUCCCCUACACCGUCGAACCCCUUCCAAACGACCUCCUCCAAACUUGGUCUCAGCCUCCGGGGGUCGAUUCUGCGCUGAAGAUGCCCCCCCGGAACGAGUACAUUCCGCUCGACUUCUCCUUGAGAGCGGAAAAGGAACCCGAGAAGGCUGGGGCGAACGGGGCCGCCGCAGCCAACGGCGUGGGGGGACGAAAAGAGGGGAAAGUGGAACCCCCCGUGGUGAUACACGAGGAUGAGUCGCUCAAGUUAUGGUUCAAGCAGGACACUCAGUUCAAGACUCCGCGCGCCAACAUGUACUUCUCCAUCACGAGCCCCGUCGCCCAUUCUUCCGUUGACAACUGUGUCAUGACAGAAUUGUUCGUAAAGCUGGUGGAAGAUGCGCUCAACGAAACGCUCUACCUGGCGAACGUCGCCAAGCUGGACUCGUCAAUCGCGAUUCACGCGGACAAGUUUGAGCUACGGGUUGGCGGCUUCAGCGACAAACUUCUCAAGCUCGUGUCCAGACUGUUCACGGAGCUUCGGCGCUUUGAGGUGCGGCCGGACCGGUUCUUGGUGAUGCGCGAGGCGAGCGAGCGCGGGUACCGCAACGUCAACAUGAAGCCGCUCAAGCACAGCGCGUACCUGCGUCUCGCGCUGCUCAAGGAGCGCCACUGGCCCUUCGAGGACCGGCUUGCGGCGCUUGGGCGAAUCACCGCAGAGGACGUCCGAAAGUUCGUACCAAGCCUCUUCGAAAAGACCUUCGUCGAGGUGUUGGCGCACGGCAACCUGACCCGCAGCGAGGCUCUCCAACUCGUCGGCAUCGUUAAGGAAGCGUUCCCCGGUUCCCCGCUUUCCCCCGAGGAGCGACCGGUUGAAAGGAUCCUGCGGCUGCCGGAAGGCGUACAGUAUCUGCACGAGGUGGAGACCAAGAACGACGCCGAAGAAAACUCAGUCGUGGAGAUGUACUAUCAAGUUGGGCUGCCGCGAAAGCAGUCUUACGCCGCUGACUAUGCUCUGGUGGAUCUCUUGGAGCAACUGGCAUACGAACCCUUCUAUGACCAACUCAGGACCAAGGAGCAGCUCGGAUACCGAGUCGACUGCGGCGUGCGUGCAACGCACCGCGUGCUCGGCUUCUGUUUUCGGGUGCAGUCCGCCGACUACGCUCCCGACCACUUACACAAACGCGGCGAGGCGUUUCUGACCACCUUCCGAAAGCAACUGGCUGACAUGCCGGCGGACGAGUUCGACGAGCACCGCGAGUCGCUGAUCGACGAGAAGCUGCAAAAAGACCACGCGCUGCGCGAGGAGAGCGACCGUUUCUGGGAGCAGAUUUGGGAGCCGCGGUACAUGUUCGACGCACGGCAACAAGAAGCCGCCGCGUUGCAAACGGUUACUAAGGAACAGGUAUUAGAGUGGUUUGACGAGCACAUAGCACAGACUUCGGGGCGACGAAAGCGGCUGAGCAUACACGUGUGGGGGCGCAAGGCAGCGGAAAAGCAAGGGGGGAUUGCAGCGGUGCAGAGUAAACAGGUUGAGGUUGCAGGGGAUGAGAAGCUCGUGCGGACGUUGGACGGGAGCGAGUUGAGAACGGGGCUGGAGUUCUUUCCGGUCCCCGAAUUGACAGCUUGAUGUUGACUAAGUGCUUGUUACGAUGCACGCGAAAUCAAGGGCUUACAUCUCGUGAGUUUUCCCGAUGGUUCUUGGCGGU